ACUUAUACAUAACAGAUACCAAUUUGCCUUAUUUAUUUACUUUCUAUUUAUAGAAGAAUAGUUUAAUUCUCAUUAGUAUUCGAUAUAUGUCUAGAUUAUUCAUACAUUAGUUUGAAAUUCAAGACAUUCAUCCGAAGAAUGGAAUAAACUUAUUAAAUAUUCAUUUCAAGAAACUAAACUUUUUCAUACGAUUUUUUGUCUAAAAUAAAUGGACUUGUUACAGUUAUGCCAUUUCUGAAUCUUGUAAUCGUAUGGGAAUUGCUUUUUUUAUAUUUAAGUCCAAAUCAAAGCUAAUGAUCUAUAAUCAUACGUCGUUGAACAGUAUUAUUUCAGAAUACAUAGGAACACUGAAGUUACAAUCUAUUGUAUAUAGAUGCUCUAAAGUAUAUAAUAGUUACCAAAUAUAUCAAUAGUUGUCGCUAUAUGAUGUUAGUAUUUAUUUCUCUGUUGCAAUUGGUAGUUUGAUUAGCUUCGGACUUUCUAUAUGCCAAGUCACCAACAUCUAUUGGCUUGAUGAUGAGAGAAGAACGAAUUUAUUCCUAACUGUAGACAAUUUUAUUUCUUUUAGGUUUAUUUGAUUUGAUAAUAAAACGAGUAAAGACAAUGGAAGGCUUAUAUAGACUACCAUUUAAUGUUGUUCAAUGUCCGAAUUUAAAAUUAAAAAAACCAUCAUGGAUUCGAAAACCUUCCAAUACAAUGGUUUUAUUCGGUUUACUUGUUUCGUAUUUUCUCGUUACUGCCGGUGUUAUUUAUGAUAUUAUCGUUGAACCACCCAGUGUUGGUAGUACAACCGAUGAAUAUGGUCAUCAUAAACCCGUAGCUUUCAUGGCUUGGCGUAUUAAUGGUCAAUAUAUAAUGGAAGGUUUAGCUGCCGCUUUUAUGUUUACAUUAGGUGGUCUCGGAUUUAUUUUACUUGAUCAAACAAAUAAACCAAAUAUGCCACGUCUUAAUCGAGUAUUAAUGAUUCUUUGCUCAUUCAUAUUCAUUCUUGUUGCAUAUUGUGCAACAAAAAUAUUUAUUCGUAUCAAGAUGCCAAGCUACUUAACUUAA